GCUCCUCCACCACCCCGCACCACACCACUAGUGUACCACACGCGCCACGCCGCCGCCGAAGCCGCCGCCUCCGUCCUCGGCGACGAGCGGAAAGAAGAUGAUGAUGCCCACGGCCGGCGAGUCCCGCUCCCCCGUGCGCGCGCUGCGCCGGAUGGCCGGCGCCCUCCUCGCAGCCGCGCGCCUCCGCGGAUCCUUCAGCGCAUCCAAAUGCAAGACGGAGGCGCGGAUGGCGGCGGCGCGGAUGAAGCUGCUGCGCAACCGCCGCGACGCGCAGCUGCGCAAGAUGCGCGGGGACGUCGCCGCGCUGCUCCGCGACGGCAGGGACGACACCGCGCGAAUCAGGGUGGAGCAUGUAAUUAGAGAACAGAACACUAUGGCUGCAAAUGAAAUCAUUGAACUCUUCUGUGAGCUGAUUGUUACACGUCUUCCCAUCAUUGCCAAGCAGAAGGAAUGUCCAGCAGACCUGAAAGAAGGUAUCUGCAGUUUGAUAUUUGCAGCUCCAAGGUGCUCCGAACUCCCUGAACUCAGUCGGAUGCGCGACCUUUUUGAAAAGAAGUAUGGGAAAGAUUUCGUAGCUGCUGCAGUUGACUUGCGCCCAAAUGCUGGUGUUAAUAACCUUCUAAUUGAGAAGCUGUCAGUCAAUAAGCCUUCUGGGCAGACUAAGCUGAAAGUUCUCAAGGAUAUUGCAAAGGAGCAUCAAAUCGAUUGGGAUACUACUGAGACUGAGCAGGAUCUUCUCAAACCUCCUGCAGAGCUGAUUCAAGGACCUAGUUCAUUUGUUGAAGCUUCCAAGAUGCCCGUGAAGACUACGUUAUCAGCUAACUUUGCCCAACCCUAUCCAUCGAAUUACAGCAGGUCUGAAUAUGCUGAUGAAUAUGAUAAUGGGAGUGCUAUGCAAUUCAAAGAUGCUCCUUCAGCUGUGGAGUCUGCUGCUCAACACUAUCCAUCGAAUUACAGCAGGUCUGAAUACACUGAUGAAUAUGAUAAUGGGGGUGCUAUGCAAUUCAAAGAUGCUGCUUCAGCUGCUCGAGCAGCUGCGGAGUCUGCUGCUCAAGCAGCAUCUGCUGCCAAGGCUGCAGCUGAUCUUGUCAAUAAGAACACCCGUUCAUCCGAUGGAUCUACCCAUUCAUCUGAUGACGAUGAAGAUGAAGACUGGAAGACUACUCGUAAUGAAUCUACUCAUUCUAGCAGACGCCAAACAAUGAGCAACACAAGCAGAUCCUCCAGGAAAGAAAAUGUAUCCACCUUUGAUGAACUAAGGCCCCGAGGAAGCACAGGGAGAAGGUUCAGUGCAUCGAACCACACAGAAGAUAAAGACAUAGACCUAAUGGAUUUGGAUACUGGGAGGAUGCGCAAAAGGAACAGCACUGGCCGUGCUGCUCGCAAGGUGCACUCGGAGAUAAAGUUUGAUGAUUCAGAGGCAGAGGAUGAAAGCGAUGCCCGCAAAAGGGGUAGCCGUGCUGCUCGCAAGGUGCACUCGGAGGUAAAGUUUGACGAUUCAGAGGCAGAGGAUGAAAGCGAUGCGCGCAAAAGGGAUAGCCGUGCUUCUCGCAAGGUCAACUCGGAGGUAAAGUUCGACAAAUCAAGGGGAUGGAAUUCAGAGGCAGAGGAUGAGAUACAGUCCCUAGAAAGGCCACCUCCUCGAAGAGAACAUUACCAAGGAAAUGGUCACUCUGAUGAGAAAGAACCAGAUGACGACUUCCCUGAGCCGCCAAAGGCAAGCCUUGCUUCCCGUGUUCAUCCGAGCAUGCCCCUGGAUUUCGAGACCCUGACCGCACGCUUUGAGGCGCUGAGAUCUGGGAAGCUUCCUUAGGGGCGUAACCAUGAUGUUACUUCCUUGCUGCGUCUAUAUAAUACCAGAACUUACAUACCAGUAGUAGGUUAUAGUACUUCUCUUGUGCAUUUUAUUUUGUACUGCAAGUGUUUCCGUACCACCAAAAAUAUUAUUCUUGUACUCACCCAACCCCCAGUAUAUAUCUUUCUGAACUUCUGAAGUGAAUGAGAAUGGAAACUUUUUCUGUAA